AUGGACAGUGUUCGAGACACAGCCCCCCAAGACCGAGGGGGCUGUUGCCCUGCCCUCAGCAGGCUGGUCCCCGUUGGCUUUAGGGCCGAGGUGUGGACGCUCUUCGUCCUUUCCGGACCCCUGUUUUUGUUCCAGGUGCUGACCUUCAUGAUCCAUGUCGUGAGUUCGGUGUUUUGCGGACACCUGGGCAAGCUGGAGCUGGCGUCAGUGACCCUCUCGGUGGCCUUUGUUAAUGUCUGUGGCGUUUCCAUAGGAUUGGGCUUGUCCUCAGCAUGUGACACGUUAAUGUCCCAGAGCUUCGGCAGCCCCAACAAGAAGCACGUGGGGGUCAUCCUGCAAAGGGGGACCCUGGUUCUCCUUCUCUGCUGUUUCCCCUGCUGGGCCCUCUUCCUCAACACCCAGCAGAUCCUGCUGCUCUUCCGGCAGGACCCAGCCGUGUCCAGGCUAACCCAGGAGUACGUGCUGAUCUUCAUUCCGGCACUUCCGGCAUUUUUCCUUUAUGUCCUGCUGGCAAAAUAUUUGCAAAAUCAGGUACAGCUCUCUGGAGCUGCAUGGCCCCGGCCUCUUUCCAACCCCUGGAUAUGCCUGGGCUGGGCCACACCCCUCGCCCCUGCCCCCCACCCCCUUCAUUUAUUUCAGGGAAUCGUCUGGCCCCAAGUCUUCAGUGGCAUUGUGGGCAAUUGCAUCAAUGGCUUGGCCAACUACAUCCUGGUUUCCAUGCUGAGACUGGGGGUCAGGGGCUCCGCUUUCGCCAGCACUCUCUCCUUCUUCGUGCAGACCAUCUUCCUCUUUCUCUACAUUGUGCUGAAGAAGCUGCACCUGGAGACAUGGGCAGGCUGGUCCAGCCAGUGUCUGCAGGACUGGGGCCCCUUCUUCUCUCUGGCGAUUCCCAGCAUGUUCAUGGUGUGCGUCGAGUGGUGGGCCUACGAGAUCGGGAGCUUCCUCAUGGGCCUGAUCAGCAUGCUGGACCUCUCUGGCCAGGCCAUCCUCUACGAGUUGGCCACCAUAGUCUACAUGAUUCCCCUGGGGCUCAGCAACGCGGUCUGUGUCCGGGUGGGGAUAGCCCUGGGAGCCGCGGACACUGCCCAAGCUAAGCGGUCAGCCAUCUCCGGCAUGCUUUGCACAGUUGGGACCUCGCUGGUUGUGGCCAUACUGCUGAGCCUCCUGAAAAACAAACUGGGGCCUAUUUUUACAAAUGAUGAAGAAGUCAUCGCACUGGUGAACAAGGUCCUGCCAGUUUAUAUCGUCUUUCAGCUGUUUGAGGCCGUCUGUUGCGUGUAUGGCGGAGUCCUGAGAGGGACCGGCAAGCAGGCCUUCGGAGCCAUUGUGAACGCCAUCAUGUACUAUGUCAUCGGUCUGCCUCUGGGCAUCGUGCUGACCUUUGUGGUCAGAAUGAGAAUCAUGGGCCUCUGGCUGGGCAUGCUGGCUUGUGGCCUCCUGGGCACUGUUGCCUUUGUUGUCUACACCACCCGGAUGGACUGGAAGCUCGCAGCAGAGGAGGCUCAGAAACAUGCGGGGCUGCAGAUCCCUGACGGCACGGUGACCGUGGCGACCACGGCCCCCCGACCCGGGCCUGCGAAAGCCGUCACGUCUUCAGUGGCUAUGGGGAACUCCCCGGGCAUCACUCUGAUGAUGUAUUCGAGGCCCGAGGGCCAUGUGGACCUCUCCGGGACGCCGGAAGUAGCCCGAGCCCCGUCAGCCCCAGCCAGCCCCCUGUCAGUGAAACAGCUGCUCGUCCGCCGCGGGGCUGCCCUGGGGGCGGUGUCAGCCAUGCUGAUGGUGGGCCUGAUCAUCAGGUUCCUGACCACCAGACACUAGCCGUG